CUAUUUAUUUCUUUUGGACAGAUGCCAUGCUAGACGUUUAUGACGUACACAGUUGUAAAUUAAAAAAAAUACAAUACAGCCAAACUCUUUACUGACUUUUCCCGAAAAAUAAACUUUUCCAUGUACCGUUUCGACACUUCGUCUUUGUGUGCUUUCCGUAUUUGUAUUUUAAAUUUUCCAUUAUUGAUUUGUUAGUCAAAUUUAGCAGGCUAAAGGAAUGUUUUUUAUCAGUACAAAGUUCAAAGUCAGUGAACGAUGUUGCUGCUUUUCAGCCACCUAAGAACGGGGGUCUCGGCAGGAAAGUCGGCUGUUUUCUGUUUCCAUUGGGCCUGGAAGCGUUUUUUGCACGUCGGUACAAGAGUGACCAUGAGUCCGGUCAGAGUUCAGGUGGAGCCCGACUCGAAGUGCCUGUUUGACAGACCCGUGACGGUGAAAGUGGAGGGGUUGUCUCCUCACCAGCCUGUCGCUCUCCGGGCGACUCUGACGGGCGACAAGGGCGACGUGUUUGCCUCGGUCGCCCGCUACCAGGCGGACGAGAGGGGUCUGAUAGACCUGUCCCAGUCCGCGUCUCUCGGGGGUGAUUACACCGGGGUGCAGCCCAUGGGCUUCCUCUGGGCCCUGAAGCCCCUCAAGCCCCUGAGGAGACUAAUGAAAAGAGACAUGGCCACCCCGUUCACAGUGCACAUCGCCGUCCACGGUCAGGCUGCAGGGAGUGUGGAGAGCUCCGCCCCUCCGCUGGCCUCCUGCCUUCAUGAGCGGAGCUUCCUCGGGGGAGGAGUGAAGAGGAUACCGGUGAGAGAAGGACGGAUCCGGGGGACGGUCUUUCUGCCCCCUGGUGAGUGUUUCUUAAGGGAUAAAACAAAUUCAAAGUCCAUGAGCGAAAAUGCUGCUUUUCAGCCACCUAAGAACGGGAGUCUCGGCAGGAAAGUCGGCUGUUUUCUGUUUCCAUUGGGCCUGGAAGCGUUUUUUGCACGUCGGUACAAGAGUGACCAUGAGUCCGCUGGAGGACUUCUAGAGCAUCGAGGAUGCCUCCUGGCCAAUCACGGGUUUGCCACAAUGGUACUGGCUUACUUCGGGUUUGAGGACCUCCCACAGAACUUGGAGGAAUUAGAUCUGGAAUACUUUGAGGAGGCUCUCCACUUCUUUCAGGCACUUCCACAGGUGAGGGAGAACAGUAUUGGUGUACUGGGCGUCUCUAAAGGAGCUGACCUGGCCCUAUCCAUGGCUAGUUUCCUGAGUGGUAUAUCUGCAGUGGUCAGUGUGUCUGGGUGUUAUGCUAAUUUCCAGUGCCAUCUGCAUUACAAAGGCACAACCCUGGCAGCACUGAGGUUUUCGCCGGAGAAGAUCACGGUGGAUCAGGCAUCGGGGUUAUUGAGGUUCUGUGAGGCCUACGCUGACCCUCGUGAUCCAGGAUGCCAGGCAGUAGUGCCCAUAGAGAGGGCCAGUGCCCGUUUCCUUUUUGUGGCAGGUGAGGAUGAUCAGGUCUGGAAUGCCAGUCUUUUUGCUAGUGAAGCUGCAAAGCGUCUGAUCUCACAUGGCAAAGAGAGGCCAGAGGUCCUGAUUUUCCCUGGAACAGGACACCUCAUAGAGCCACCAUACUUCCCUCACUGUCACUCCUCCUUCCACAAGGUGAUAAACGCCCCUCUACUGUGGGGAGGCCAGGCUGAGUCCCAUGCCUUUGCCCAGGAGGAGGCCUGGAGAAGGAUCAGGCAGUUCUUCCUGGAUAAUCUAGGAGCAGCAGGAUGUAGACAGAGCAAGCUUUAAGUCCAACUAUAUUGGAGAGUAUUUGUUCCAUGGUAACUAUUAGAAUAUCUGUAUUGCUUGAGCCCCAGCUGUUGCUUCACGCAGCUGUAUUGUAAGUGUAGUUUCUUUUACAUUAUUCUGAUUUAUAAAAAAUUGAAUGACUCAUUAAUGUAGUUUUUUAAAAAACAUUAAAACUCAAUUUGUGUUGAAUUGCU